UAUGCUCCCCAAUUAAAUAGUUCAAUUCUUGUCUCGCAUUUCACUUCUAAAAUUUCUUUCGAUGAAUGAUGCCAGUUAAAAUAUCUGCCACACCGAAAUCUCGUGAUUAGCAGCCAUCAACAUUUGCUUUACAUUAUUUUGGUUCAUUCAGUACAAAAACCUCUCAGGUCUUUUACGUACAAAGUGUUUGACAACUAAAAAUAAUAAAUCCUUGUGAAAAAAACUCUAACUCUAAUUUAAAUUGUUUAACGAGCCAACUAAAUAUGCCGCGUAGUUUCUCGUGUUGAUCUGUUCGCGUCCCGUGUUGCAUCCAGAUAAAGACUUGCGUUUCUGUGCAAGCAUUAGCGUUCCUACGCAGCAAGCUGCUGUAACAGCAACCAGAAGCCGCUACGAGUAAAACCAAUGACUUUUGAGUAAACAUAACACAUAUCUCUAUUCGUCAUAAUCGUCAUCACCAUCAUUCUAACAAUCGUCGUCAUCAUUAUUUACAUCGUUGCUUUCGCGUAUCCACAAUGUUGACAAUGGAGGAUGACAACAGCGAAACAUGGAUGUAUUCAAAAUAGAUUUGGAACAGUCGCAAAUCCAUUCGAGUCUCGUUGAAAGCAACAACAACACGAAUACAAGUAGUCAAUCCCAUAAUCUAUAUACACCCGGCUCAGCCGGUGACGCAGACAUCGUCGAAUCGCAUCACACCACCCACCAACAUCAACACCAACACCAACUCCAACAACAGCACCAUAUCGACCAACAGAAUCAUCAGUCGUUUAGUGGCAUUAAUGGUAACGACGAUUGCGACGACGAAGACGAUCCACUGCCCGAAGUGAGCUUUGACGCCAAUUCUGAUUUCAAUUUGCACUUCUUCGACACGCCUGACGAUUCAUCGACGCAGGGUGCAUUCAGCGACGCUGGUUCGCUUGAAUCCGAUGCUUAUGCCACUAGCUCCCCACCAACUCCGCCGUUACAAUCACACUCCACCACCAAAGUAGAAGAAAUAGCUGCAGAUAUCGCAGCUGUGGCAGUAGCGUCAAAAGCGCAAUUAAUCGUUGGAAAUAGUACAAUAACUUCUCAUCCCAUCGCAAAUGCUAAAGUUAGCGAUUCACUAAAACUAUUGGCAGACGAUUGUACGUCCUUUUAUCAGCAUCAUUCAUCGUCUCAAGUGCUCAACGGUAGCAACACAUCACUCGCUGUCUCCACUAAUUGCGGCGCUUAUAUUGGCUCAGCUAGCGCAACACAAUCAAUCACAAACGGUGGCAUAUCUUGCAAUAGUGCCACCAGCAAUUGCCCUUCGUCCACUUCCUCAACACCCGCCUCAUCAGCCUCAUCUGCUGCUUCCACAUCUCCGAUAGCAACGAGCAACGGUAGCAGCAGUGUAGCAGCUACAGUCGCACACAUUAUCGCACUCGGCAAUGGUGGAGGUACACUGUACGCCAACAGCAGUCUCCAUUCAUUCUGUCAAUCGCAUUCGUCGUCCUCAUCCGGCUGCUCUUCAAAUUCUUCGGCCGGCAGCAGCUGCAGCCACAACGGCAACACCACAACUGGACAACACAUUGGACGUAGUAACGGAUCCACAGUAUCAACGUUGGUUGCUGAGCAUUGUCUUGGGGACCGCCAUCAUUCAGCAGCAGCAGCAGCAGCAGCAACAGCAACAGCGUCAGUCUCAGCAAACGCGUGCGCCGCAGCCACCAACGCUACAUUGGCUAAUGUAAAAUUAUCACACGAUCAGCAAUUUGCCAUAGCGGACUCCAAUUCCAACAGCGUUACGAAAUCAUUUGUGCCGUGCAAAGUUUGUGGCGACAAGGCGUCCGGCUACCAUUAUGGUGUAACCUCAUGCGAGGGUUGUAAGGGUUUCUUUCGCCGCAGCAUACAAAAACAAAUCGAAUAUCGUUGCCUGCGUGAUGGUAAAUGUCUGGUGAUACGUUUGAAUCGAAAUCGUUGCCAGUAUUGUCGCUUCAAGAAAUGCCUGUCGGCGGGCAUGAGUCGAGACUGUAAGUGA